AGCUGCGCCUGCGCACUGCGACCAGCAGGUGGCGCUCUGCGUCACGACCGACCGUCGAAGAAGAAGAAGGGCUCCCAGUGCGCCUGCGCCUCCUGCCGCUUGUAGUCGUAGGGGGGUCAGUCUGGCUCGGUUCGGUCUCAGUUCGGUCCUCAUGUCCCGGCAGCUGAUCCGGGGCCUCCGGCCGCUCGGCGGGCCGCCGGGCCUCCUCCCCACCGCCUCGGGUCGCUUCUUCGGCGGCUCUGCUCCGGAGCUUCCCGCCGUUCAGGUCCGCAGCACCUUCCUGGACUUCUUCCGACAGAAACACGGACACCUGCUGGUUCCGUCCUCCCCGGUCCGGCCCAGAGGGGACCCCAGCCUGCUGUUCGUCAACGCCGGCAUGAACCAGUUUAAGCCCAUCUUUCUGGGAACAGCGGAUCCUCGCAGUCCGAUGGCAUCCUACCGCCGCGUGGUCAACAGCCAGAAGUGUGUCCGAGCCGGCGGCAAACACAACGACCUGGACGACGUGGGCAGAGACACCUACCACCACACCUUCUUCGAGAUGCUGGGGACCUGGUCCUUCGGAGACUACUUCAAGGAGGAGGCAUGUCGGAUGGCGUGGAGUCUCCUCACAGAGCAUUAUGGGAUAUCUGCUGACAGACUCUAUGUGUCCUACUUCGGUGGAGACGCUGCGUCAGGACUUCAGUCUGACGAGGAGACCCGACACAUCUGGCUCGACAUGGGGGUUCCUCCUGGUCACCUCCUGCCAUUCGGCUUGAAGGAGAACUUCUGGGAGAUGGGGGAUUCGGGCCCCUGUGGCCCCUGCACCGAGAUCCACUACGACCACGUCGGGGGCCGAGACGCCGCGAAGCUCGUCAAUGCCAACAGUCCAGAUGUUGUGGAGAUCUGGAACCUGGUCUUCAUGCAGUACAACAGGGAGGCGGACCUCAGUCUUCGGCGGCUGCCCCAGUUCAGCGUGGACACAGGGAUGGGACUGGAGCGGCUGGUGAGCGUCCUGCAGGGCAAGAGGUCCACCUAUGAUACAGACCUGUUCACCCCGCUGCUGCACGCCUUGCACCAGAGGUCCAGGGUGGCUCCAUACGGCGGUCGGACGGGGUCGGAGGACCAGGACCGGGUGGAUCUGGCCUACAGAGUCGUGGCCGAUCACAUCCGGACUUUAUCCGUUUGCAUCGCUGAUGGAGUUCAUCCGGGAAUGUCCGGAGCCGAGCUGGUCCUGCGGAGGAUUCUGCGGCGCGCCGUCCGGUUCUGCAUGGAGGUUCUUCAGGCUCCUCAGGGAACGCUGGCCAGCCUGGUUCCAACCGUCACCCACCUGCUGGGUGACGUGUAUCCGGAGCUGCACAGGGAGGCGGACCAGAUCGUGGACGUGAUCAACGAGAACGAGGCUCAGUUCCUGUUGUCACUGCAACAGGGCAGCCGGCUGAUCCAGCGCACGCUCUGCAGGAAGGACUACAAACAUGGAGUCUUCCCCGCCUCCGUGGCCUGGUCUCUGCACCGGGACCUGGGCUUCCCUCUGGACCUGGUGGACCUCAUGCUGGAGGACCGGGGCGUCCAGGUGGACCGCCAGGAGCUGGACCGGAUCAUCGCAGAGAACCACAAGGUGAUGUCAUCAGUCACCUGUCCUGUGUCUCAGGUUUCAUCGGAGCAGGCGGGUGCUGAUUUGUCGGUAAUGCUGGACGUUCUCAGCCUGGCGGAGCUGCAGCGUCUGGGGGUUCCUCACACCGACGACAGCCUGAAGUAUGGCUACCGGCUGGAGAAGGACCGCUACGAGUUCCCAACAUGCCGAGCGACGGUCCUGGCGCUGUACGACGGUGAGGCGCUGGUGUCGGAGGUUCCUGAGGGGCGGCGCUGUGGAGUUGUCCUGGACCUCACCUGCUUCUACUCGGAGCAGGGCGGCCAGUCACAUGACCGCGGCUACUUCACCCGCCACGGCCUGCAGGUGACUCCAGGUGUCUCCUCCUCUCAGGACGUGGUGUUCCCGGUGGAGGCGGUGCUCCGGGCCGGAGGGUACGUGGUCCAUCAGGUGACCGCAGCUGACAGCCUGGAGACCGGAGACCAGGUCCACCUGCACCUGGACCAGGUCCACAGGAUGUCUUGUAUGGUCAAACACACGGCGACUCACCUCCUGAACUUUGCUCUGAAGAAGGUUCUCGGUUCUUCAGUUCAGCAGAGAGGAUCUCAUGUGUCGGCUGAUCGCCUGCGCUUCGACUUCACCGUCAAGGGUUCUCUCAGCGUCUCUCAGCUGCAGCAGGUAGAAAGGUGUGUCAGCGACAUGGUCACAGCCAAUCAGAUCGUCCACAGCCAGGAGCUUCCUCUGCAGAGAGCCAAGAGCAUCCGAGGGCUGAGGACAGUGGAUGAGGUGUACCCUGACCCGGUCCGGGUGGUGUCGGUGGGUCUUCCAGCCUCUGAGCUCCUGGACCAUCAGACGGACAGAGAGACGUCUGUGGAGCUCUGCUGUGGAACUCACCUGCUUCGGACCGGAGACAUUGAGGACCUGGUGAUUGUCUCUGAGAGGCAGAUGGUGAAAGGAAUCAGUCGGGUCAUCGCGGUGACGGGACGGGAAGCAGCACGGGCCCGGGAGGCCGGUCAGGUUCUAUCGCAGGACGUCGACUCUCUGGCAGCUAGACUGACAGGCUCCGCCCCCUCCAGCCUCGACUCCGCCCCCUCCAGCCUCGACUCCGCCCAGCGGCUCUCCAAGGAGGUCGGCGUCCUCUCUGACGCGGUAGAUAGUACCCUCAUCCCCCAGUGGCAGCGCAGUGAACUGCAGGCUCGACUCAAAGCUCUGCAGAGGAGCAGCAACACCACUGUCAGGAAACUGGAGACCAGAGAGGCUGCAGUCAGAGCUCAAGCUCUGCUGGAGAAGAACGGUAGGAAGGAGCUGCUGGUGGACUCUGUGGAGACGGACUAUCUGUCGGUGGUGAUGAAAACGGUGAACCAGCUGAGCUCCGUCGCUCCUCUCAGUCACGUGAUGCUUCUGGCUCACCAGCAGCAUUCUGGGAAGGUCCUGUGUGCCUGUCAGGUUCCCAAGGACUCUCCAUGGAUCGCGGCCUCUGAUUGGGCGGUGGCGGUGUGUCGUCACCUCGGGGGGAGCGCCGGGGGCUCGGCGCUGGUCGCCAAGGGAACUGGCACCAGCAGUGACAUCAGCAAGGCCCUGAGGUGGGCGGAGCAGUUCGCCCGCCAGAAGACACAGCGUUGAUGUCAUAGACUGUAGGCCCCGCCCACAGCAGCAAUGGCCUCUUGUGAUUGGAGGACAGAUGUCAGGUUUCUUUUUUUUUUUUAGAAGAAAUAAAAACUCUGAGAGGUUCUUUGUUCUCUUUAUUCUAUGAAUCAGUGAGUAGACAGAAGGACCAAUCAGAGCAGGGGGGCAGGGCUAAAGAGAAACCAGCUGCAGUCAUCGCCAGAACCAGGACCAGGACUGGAACCAGGAUCAGAACCAGGACUAUGUUCCUUAGAGCAGCGACACGUUGAGCCACUGCAGGAGAACCAGACAGAACAUGUUAGAACUGAAGGAUGUUUCUGGAAAUUAAAUCCAGUAGAACCUGUUUGUUCUGGUCACAGAGUUCCUGUUGGAACCGUUUAAUACAAAAGGAUGAUUAGAGAAACAAUCCUGUAAACCACAGGUGUCAAACUCUGGCGCACGGGCCAAAUUUGGCACGUCAUGUAAUUAUAUUUGGCCCGCACGGCAAUAGCAAAUAAUUACUAGAGCUGGCCUGCCGGUAUCAUAUAGCGCAUUACUACAAAUCCCAGAAUGCUCUGCUGGUGUUUUGGAGUGUCAAUCAGGACAAGACCCACAAACACUGGACAUUUCUCAGUAUGCGUUCUUGUCCUUACUUGCGUUCUCGUGUACUCGUGAAACAUCAUCAGUCGGAGACCGAGUACUGUUCCAAUUCAAAGAACGCAUCUGACCAAGAACGGAAGUGUUCUGGCUCCGCCCACAUUAUGGAGGAUCAUCAGACCAGACUAGUGUGGACUUGGGGCGGCCAAAUAACCCAUAAUGCAUUUAGACCAGGGGCAAAGGCCGAGGAGGAAACUUUCAGAGGAAACAGGCAAGAAAGUAGUCGUGUAAAUGUCAAAUAUGGGAUCAGGUUAUCCAGAUAAAGCCUGAUUAAAAAUUUAGUCCAACGGUUUGGGAGAUGUGAGCAUCCAGGUUAGACAGAGAUGAUGUCAGCAAGGCUUUAUAAUCUGCUGCUCUGAUGCUUCUAUAGCAGUUAAACAGGGAUACUAGUAGUUUUGUGUUAUUCUAACGGUCACACUUUGGCCUCAUGGUGUUUUUUUUUUUUUUUGUGUAAAUUUCUAGAUAAAUCGGUUUGAAAGAAGUUAAUGUUCAUAACUUUAUAUUGUUAAUGUUUUACUCAAUCACUGACUGUAAUAGUAAGAAGAGAUAAAUUAAAAUAUAGAGUAUCAUUUAUUUUCAA